CACCGUUAUUUCUCUUGGUGAGCUGAGGGAGAACCGAGAGUCUGGAGGAGAACCAGCCGCCAAGAGAAGAGAGGAGAGGCCCCCAGCAGCCAGUGGGACAAGAUGAGGCCACGUCCUAUGAAGGAGAGGAUCCGAGUGAUUCCUCAAGCAACUCACAACGAGUGUUCUGCAGUUUCCCUACCUUUCAUUUCAGUGUACCUCUGCAAGAGCCGCCAAGUUCAGCCCCUGAACAGUUCAGUUGGACAGUGAACAGAAAUAGUCACCGGCUGUGGGCACAUGGCACCUCUGGAUGAAGCUUUGCCAGGCACACCCCUUCUCUUACCACAGCCAGCCCUCAGCCAUGGUGACCACAACCCUUCUCCUACCACAGCCAGCCCUCAGCCAUAGUGACCACACCCCUUCUCUUACCACAGCCAGCCCUCAGCCAUGGUGACCACAACCCUUCUCCUACCACAGCCAGCCCUCAGCCAUGGUGACCACACCCCUUCUCCAACCACAGCCAGCCCUCAGCCAUGGUGGUCAUACUGUGAGCAUCUAUGUGGAACGUGGUUUCCCCCUGAGGCUGAAGAGAGGCCAACUCUCCCUCAGCUUCUUGCUGGUUUCUCUCCAGCUCUCAUUUGAUCUGCUUUGGGUUCUCUGUGGAGUUUAGAGGAUUUGUUUUCUGUUGUGGAAAAUUUCUUCUAAGAAAUGUGCCAGUACUACCCUGUGUGUAAAAACUGGCUCCUGGGCUGUGAGAACUGCAGGGAAAAUUACAGCUCUGCCAAGAAAGUUGGGGCCCGAGAGCAGGUUUUGUCAUCUCUCUAUUUUUUCCUUUAGCUCCCUUGCCCCAAGAUGCCAUUUUUCUCCUCAGGUAUGUGGCAACAUGGAUAUUCUCUUCUAGGAGGACACGAUUCAACAAGCUACAGCAAAGCCACCUGAACUGCAGUAUGUGACUUGAAGCAGUCUUGAAGGGAGCCCUGAGUAGUUUAUUUGUGUGAGGCUCCCAAAUGUGCUAUGCCUUUCAUGAAGGGUUUACCUUUGAAGAGGUUGUGUGGUGUGUGUGAUUGUGUUCAGAUCCAUCCUGUGUGUUACUGGCCUAUGUAGAAAGAUUGCAGUGGACCUGUCACUUUCUGCAAGACAGAGCCACAUCUCAGCAUAGAGAGAAGAACAUCUUAUUUCUUCCAAUUGCCAGUCUUAGAUGCAGAACUUUUCCUUUGAACCUUCUUCUUAGAGUCAAGUCAGUUGUUUCUGCAAUAUCAGAAUGCUAGUCUUCCACCAUGAAAAAUAGAUUGUCACCAGAGAAAACAGCAAUUUCACUGAGGAUGUGCCCUCAUACGGGGGCGAGCGAUGGCCGUGGAGCCAGAACCAUUGACAAAGCAUGCCCAGCCCAGCUGACCUGCUUUAUAAGAGGGGGAGGGGAGUAGGAGGAAUGGCGCCCACUGAUGUCUGCGUCUGACUGUAAACAGAGUGUUUACAUACAGAAUGUUGCCAUAAGCCAGCCUGUGGAAAUUCCAACCAUAUUUGGAGGAUUUGUAGAGCAUUUUUUCAAAGAAGUGCUUGCUUCUCUGUUUCUGAUUCUCACCAGGUGAGUGUGUAGUCCUUGGAUCACAGCACUCAUUAUAAAUGACUAAACUUUGAUCAGAAAAAGAAUCUUUCCAAGCAAUGUGGAAGAAAAUCACAAGUGAACAAUUUAUUGAUUGCACUACAGAAGCAACAACUGAUGAGGUGGUGUUUUUAACUUUUAAAUUCCUGGAUCUCCAUUUUUUCAAGUGUUCCUUGGUUUUAAAAACCUUCCUUAUGUUACAAACAGAUAAUAUGUUUAGUCCUUGACUUUUACUUGGCCUCAGCAGACUUUAUAUAUCUAGUUUUAAUCAUAAUUUGUAGAAGGUAAGACAGAAGUUAAACCACCAUGUAAGAUCUCGCAGGGUCACACAUCUCAAGGAAACCUCUGAUCCUGACCCCCAGGGCCUGGCCUUUUGUAUUCGCCUGUUUAUGAUCUAGCCCUAAAGAAAAUGAGCUCAGAAACCACUCAGAAAGGUUUUGUUCAAUGUCUUCCCUGUUCCUGGCAUGGUGCUGGAGUCUAAGGAAGCAAAAAUGACUCAAAUGUAUCCUCACUGUAGCUGCAGUCUCUUGUUUUCUGGUGAAUACCAUUUUAGCUUCUCUAAAAUUCUACUUGUCAAAAGCCUUAUUCAUGAUUACUGUUAUUGAGGGCUUAAAAAUGUAUGUUACAGAGGUGACCUGAUUCUUCCAGAAACCAGUCCUUUCAGUAAAGUAUUCCUUUUUCUCUAAAUUUGCUUUUGUAUAGUAUAAAAAACCCAUCUGAUCUGUCGUUUUGAACACCAAGGGUGUCCUGAAUGUAGGAGUUUGGGAAGAGACUUGAUUUUAAAAGUCCCCAGACACAGGAGACUUAAAAACAGUGGUUUCAGCUCUUCACAACCCUCGUUGAAGUUACAGAGCAAGUUGUCCCAACAAGACCACUGUAGCGCUCACAUUCCAAAUCGUCUGGGUGGUGCACGUCAGAUCUGUGCUUUGAAGGUCAUCGGCCUGGUGCGGAAGUGAACUCCCCUCUUAAAUGUCAAAGCCGUUUCCCGGGACCUCUGACAGCUUCAGCAUCUCCCUGAGGAAGUAGUUGGGUCCACGAUCGACCCUGGAAUCUGGUGUUAGCACUUCAGCCUGGCCUGUGUAGCAGAAAAGACUUCCCAGGAGGCAGUUUUCCUUUAAAAACAAGUAAGCAUUGCAACAAGACAGCUUCCUAGUCAACUGUGUAGAGCAGUGCAUAUAGACUGCUGUGUUCACCACGCAGUCCAGGUGCCGGGUGUGAGUUUCUGUGGGAUCACUGACCUUCACGUGCUCAUUGCCUGGCUGCUGCUUCUCCAAACACUGCUUUGUACACGAUUCAGAUGGACUGAGAAUACAUCUUUUCAGAGUACCUUUCAAAUUCUUGGUAAGAUAUAAUUUUGAUAGAUGAUUGCAGAUUUUCCUGUUAUUUAUCAAAUUAAUAAAGACUGCAUGACUCCAGGUGUGCUCGUCUCCUCACAUGAAAGUACUCCCACGUGUAACUGUGAGAACUCUUCAGCCAUUAUCAGAAAACAGAAGCACACAUGCAUUGUUUCCACCCUUCACUCAUAAAUUCAGUCAUACGGACUUUAGCAGGUCACACCGUGGAAGGGUACUAUUAAAUCUAUUUAUGAGAAGUCUUAAUUAUUUUUAAUACAUUUCUGAAAAAUAUUUUUUCUAGAAAAACAUCUAACUCAAUGUAAAGACUCAAGAUAACUUACAGGAUGUAUGUUGUACAGUGCAGAGAUUUUAUAAGCCAGAGGAUUAUCUUUAAAAAAUUAUUACCUAGGUCACAUGAUGGAAAAAAGCAACAUUACUUUUAUUGACCUGGUAUAGCAUAUGUUGUCCAAUCACUCUACAAAGCUUUUUGUUUCUACACAGAGAAUUCCUUACAGAAUGUUGGGAAUUACUGGUCAAAAAUAAGUCUGUGGCAGAAAAAAAGAGCCUAUUGUCUUAAGAAGCAGAGAAGGGGUGGAUGAGUUCCUGGGUACAUUGGCCAAGGGCAUCAAAGAGCAAAGAAGGUGUUCUUCCCUCCUGUGGGAAUCAGGCGUCGCUUGGUUUUCUGAAUCUUGUAGGCAGUGUCACUAGAGCCUGCCAGAGAAGCAUCACGAUUUGUCCUCAUCAGCUGAGAGGUAUCUGAUUCUUAGGGCCCCUGACAAUGGUGCUCUUGCUGAAAAGGAAGAAUGACUCAAGCAGAUUAAGAAGCAGGAGUAAUGAGGCUGGAUUUCCUGCAUCACUAGAAACUGAUUCUCUCACGUGGGCUGGCCCUUCUGUGCCUGCUACGCUGUGCCCUCGAAAGGCGGGAGACAGAAAAGCCUCAGAAACCAGGCCAGGACGAGAUGCGGCUGCUUCUGCUGCUGCUGCCCCUGCUGUUGGCCCCCGCGCCUGGGUCUUCGGCUCCCCAGGUGAGGCGGCAGAGUGACACCUGGGGCUCCUGGGGUAACUGGAGCCCCUGCAGCCGGACCUGUGGAGGGGGCGUCAGCUUCCGGGAGCGUCCCUGCUACACCCAGAGGAGAGAUGGGGGCUCCAGCUGCGUGGGUCCCAUCCGGAGCCACCGCUCUUGCCGCACGGAGAGCUGCCCCGAGGGCUCCCGCGACUUCAGGGCGGAGCAGUGCGCGGAGUUCGACAGCCACGAGUUCCAGGGGCGGCGCUACAAGUGGCUGCCCUACUACGGGGCCCCCAACAAGUGUGAGCUGAACUGCAUCCCCAAGGGGGAGAGUUUUUACUACAAGCACAAGGAGGCCGUUGUAGACGGGACACCCUGUGAACCUGGCAGACGGGACAUCUGUGUGGAUGGCAGCUGCAGGGUCGUCGGCUGUGACCACCACCUGGACUCGUCGAAGGUGGAGGACAAGUGUCUGCGGUGCGGGGGUGACGGCACGACCUGCUACCCCGUCACGGGCGUCUUUGAGGCCAAUGACCUCAGCAGAGGCUACAACCAGAUCCUCAUCGUCCCCAUGGGGGCCACCAGCAUCCGCAUCGAGGAAGCGGCCGCCAGCAGGAACUUUCUGGCGGUGAAGAGCAUACGUGGCGAAUACUACCUCAAUGGACACUGGACCAUCGAGGGUGCCCGCGCCCUGCCCGUGGCCAGCACCCUCCUGCACUAUGAGCGGGGAGCUGAAGGCGACCUGGCGCCCGAGCGGCUCCAUGCCCGCGGCCCCACCUCAGAGCCCCUGGUCAUUGAGCUCAUCAGCCAGGAGCCCAACCCAGGCGUGCACUUCGAGUACCACCUGCCCCUGGGUGCCCCACAGCCCAGCUUCAGCUGGAGCCAUGGCUCGUGGGGCGACUGCAGCGCUGAAUGUGGUGGAGGUCAGCAGACCCGCCAGGUGUUCUGCACCAUGGAUAAUGAGGUCUACCCUGAGCACCUGUGCCAGCCCCAGUCGAGGCCAGCUGACCGCCGCCCCUGCAGCCUGCAGCCCUGCCUGCACACCAAGCGGACCUCUUACCUGCACCGGCCCAGAGCGUGGCACCUUGCUGGGGCCCAGCGUGUGUGCAGGAGCAGCUGGAAGACGGGGCCCUGGACACUCUGUUCGGCCUCCUGUGGGGGCGGGUCCCAGUCCCGCUCCGUCUACUGCGUCUCAUCUGAUGGGGCCAGUGCCCAGGAGGCUGCCGAGGACGCUGAGUGCGAGGGUCUGCCUGAGAAGCCCCCGGGCACGCGGGCCUGCAACCUGCAGCGCUGUGCAGGCUGGAGCGUGGAGCCCUGGAGUGAGUGCUCUGUCAGCUGCGGUGCAGGGGUCCGGAGGCGGAGCGUCACCUGCCGGGGUGACGAGGGGUCUCUGCUCCACGCCACGGCCUGCUCCUUGGAGGACCGUCCCCCACUCACUGAGCCCUGUGUGCACGAUGACUGUCCCCGCCUCAGUGACCAGGCCUGGCACGUGGGCGCCUGGGGUCUAUGCUCCAAGAGCUGCAGCUCGGGCACUCGGAGGCGCCAGGUGGUCUGUGCCCUUGGGCCCCCCGGCCACUGCGGGAGCCUGCAGCCAUCCAAGCCCCCGGCCGUGGAGGCCUGCAACACGCAGCCCUGCGAUCUCCCUCCAGAGGUCCCCAGCAUGCCGGAAGUGCACACCAGCCCCAGGGACCCCCGGAUGUCUUUGGGCCCACGGGAGGCCUCUGCCUCAGGUUUCAGAGACCAGUGGUGGGCACUCCAGGAGGAGCCCUCAGCACGGGGUAACCCCAGAGGAGACCAGAGCCCACUCCUGUCAGCCCCGGGCCCCGCCCCAUCUCUGUACCUCUCCUCAUACCAGCAGCCUCUGCGGCCGGGCUCGGGGCCCCGCGACUGCAGACUGAGCUCCCACGGGUGCUGCCCUGAUGGCCACACUGUGUCCCUUGGGCCACAGUGGCAAGGCUGCCCUGGGGCGGCCUCGUGUCAGCAGAGCAGGUUCGGGUGCUGCCCUGAUGGGGUGACUGUGGCCAAGGGGCCUCAUCAGGCGGGCUGCACGAGCUCUUACGGACGCGACAACGCUGGGGGCAGGCCAGGAUCGAAAGCAGCGGCCUCCACAGUCCCCAAUGCCCACUGGCCCCAGGCCCAGCAGAAUGAGCCCAGCGAGUGCCGGGGCUCCCAGUUCGGCUGCUGCUAUGACCACGUGGCCUCUGCAGUGGGUCCUCUGGGGGAAGGCUGUGUGGGCCAGCCUAGCUCUGUGUACCCCGUGCGGUGCCUGCUGCCCAGUGCCCACGGCUCCUGCACCGACUGGGCUGCCCGCUGGUACUUCGUCCCCUCCGUGGGCCAGUGUAACCGCUUCUGGUAUGGCGGCUGCCAUGGCAAUGCCAACAACUUUGCCUCGGAAGAGGAGUGUGUGAGUGCCUGCCGGGGACCCCAGCCCGGGGCCGGGGCCUCUGGCCAGAGCACCCAUGGAGAUGGUGGCGGCAGCGGUCCUGGGGGCCAGCAGGAGGCUAGCCAGCAUGGGCCGGGGCCCGUGGUCCAGAGAGGACCCUUGCCGUCUGGUGGCCUCCGGUGGCAAGACCAAGAGCCUGGGCCGGGGGUGAUGGACCACAGACAGGCCUUUGGAGAGGGGCCCUGGGGCCAGGAGACUGGGCCCAGUCCCCCUGGACUGAGCGGAGAUGCAGGACGACCAGCGCCUCCUUCCCGUGGCUCCUCCUACAGGAUCACUCUGGCGGGCUCAGAGCCCUCUGUGGUGCAGGCAGCCCUGGGGCAGUUGGUGCGGCUCUUUUGCCCGGAGGACGGCUCCCCGGACCCCCACUCCAGGUGGCAGAAAGACGGGUGGCCCGUCUCCUCUGACAGGCACCAGCUGCAGUCCGAUGGCUCCCUGGUCAUCGGCCCCCUGAGGGCGGAGGACGCGGGCACCUACAGCUGUGGUGGGCCCGGGCCAGACCGUCCCUCUCAGCAGGUCCAGCUCCGCGUCACAGGGGGUGACGUGGCCAUGCCUUCUGAGGCUGAACCAAGGCACUUCCCCGAGACCAGGGACCCAGCCCAGGACCACAGUCUUCGGGACCCCAGUCGUGGGGCCUCGCACCCGUGGCCCCUGACCAGGGUGCGUCUGGACCGGAGCCAGCCCGGGGUGCUGGACGCCCAGCCGGGCCAGCGGGUCCGGCUGACCUGUCGUGCUGAGGGCUUCCCGCCCCCGACUAUCGAGUGGCAGAGAGACGGGCAGCCUCUCUCCUCCUCCAGACACCAGCUGCAGUCCGACGGCUCCCUGGUCAUCAGCCGCGUGGCUGUGGAGGAUGGAGGCUUCUACACGUGUGUCGCGUUCAACGGGCAUGACCGGGACCAGCGCUGGGUCCAGCUCCGAGUGCUGGGGGAGCUGACUAUCACAGGGCUGCCCUCUACAAUGGAGGUGCCGGAAGGGGACACGGCCAGGCUGCUGUGUGUGGUGGCAGGAGAAAGCGUGAACAUCCGAUGGUCCAGGAACGGGCUGCCGGUGCGGGCCGACGGCCACCGUGUGCACCAGUCCCCGGACGGCACGCUGCUGAUCCACAACCUGCGGGCCAGGGACGAGGGCUCCUACACGUGCAGUGCCUACCGUGGAAGCCAGGCCGUCAGCCGCAGCACCGAGGUGAAGGUGGUCCCACCGGUGCUGGCCGCCCACCCCCGGGACCCCAGCAGGGACUGUGUCGACCAGCCGGAGCUGGCCAACUGUGACCUGAUCCUGCAGGCCCGGCUCUGCGGCAACGAGUACUACUCCAGCUUUUGCUGCGCCAGCUGCUCCCGUGUCCAGCUGCCCACGCAGCCCGUCUGGCAGCAGAGACACAGCUCAUAGCACUGGGAGAAGGCUCUCAGUCUCCCCUCUCUGGCUGAGGAGGGAGUUCUCCUCUGCAGACACUGGCCUGGUCAGAGCCGCCCCCUGCCGUGGAGUGCCAGCAGCAGCAGUCCCAGCGGUAUCGGCUUCUCUGGCUUCACCGGUGCCUGCUGGGUUGUCAAGAAGCGGCCACUUGUUUGCAAUAAGGACACCUUUCACUUGACAGUUUCUCUCUAUAAUUUGUUAUACAGGAUCAGCUCACUGUGUUCUUAAAGCCAGCUACCAGGGUUCUCACUUUGCUGAAAGCUGGGUGGGGAGGUGUGUCCUAUCUGAUUGGGGAAGGUAACUAACUCCUGGUGUGUAUGUUAGGGAAACAUUCUUUGCUAGAACUAGGUCCCAUCUGGGGUCCAGAUAUGGUUCAUCACUCCAGUCUCUCAAGUCCUUCCUAGCACAAAGUUGGUGAAAGCCCUCAGCAAAGUGGGAGAUAAUGAAAACUAAAAACCAGGCUAUUGUAAAACACAGUACCAACAGGAUAGGGGGACCAGUGGAAGGGAGGGCGAUGUUAAGAAAGGGAAGAGGGAAGUGGUUUCAGAGUUAGGUCAUUCCUCCUCUCUCAGCCUCUUAAGGCCUUGAUGCUAAGAGGCCUGGUUUCAAUGAGCUUCCAAGUCCCUUUCCACUUUAACCUUCUCCCAAUCCCCCAAAGGACGGGCUGGGCCUAGUAACAGAGGUCUUUCUGGGGCACAGGAAAAACCAGCAUUACUGGGACAGGUGAUUUCUAUUACCAACACUCUAGCUGGAAAAGAAACAAUUGCUUCAUGGGUGAGUGAUACUUCUUGGUCUACCUCUCAUUCAGCAACAGAAACAUGGGCCAGGACAGAGGUCUUUUUUUCUUUCCAGUUUUAAAAACCAUUGAGGUGCAUCCCCUUCCAUGUACCGUGGCUGGUUUGGCUAUAGAAAUUGGAAGGUAAGGACUACUUUCUUGGACUCCACUGUUCUCUAGUUAAAUCACUAUUUGUCAAAUUGGUGGCAUACUCCAGACCUUAGCUAGCUCUUGGAACUAGUCACAGAGUGGUGGGGUAUGGUGAGAGUAAAACUCAGUCUAGACCAGUGGUUCUCACACUGGGAGCUUUUUCAAGAAAUGAAGCUGGGGGUCUACUGCCCGGAGAUUUUAAUUGGUCUGGAGUAGGGGCUGGAUAUGAGGGUUUUUAAAAGCUCCCAGAUGACUCGCAUGUAUAUCCACGGUUCAGAGUCACUGCUGCAGCCCAAAUUCUCAGAAUGUGAGUCUUGUUAAAAUGCAAAUUCUGACAACUAGGUCUGGGCUGGAGCAGAGGUUCUGUGUCUCUACACAACUGCCAGGUUCAAGUCUGCACUUGGAGCAGCAAGAAUCUGACAUCAGAGAUGUGCUUAGGAACGACCGGAGGCUUGAGUAUGAGUACAGAUAGGAACUUUAAGAGAAUACUAGCUCCAGUGAAAGCUUUUUCUAGCCAUCAAACUACAGAUCUGCAGCAGCAGCAGAAUGCAGAGAGGACAAGACCACAAGGAACUAAAACUCAUUUGCUAACAGAGAAAAGCGCAAAGAACAGCUCUUCAUGGCAAAAGCUUCUACCACGAACAUUUAUUUUUGUUAAAGCAGAUUAUAAAUUCUCAUCAGUACAAAUAUAUAUAUAACUUACAUUUGAUUGUAAGGCAAACAUUCGAAAGUAAAAAUGAGAUGGGAUCUUACGUUGUUACCAGAGGUCAAGUGGCUACAACUGACAACAGGAUGUUUGGCUCACAAGAAGAGGGAUGGAUACACACACGCACACACACAUAACACACACACGCAGUGCUAACAAGACUAGGACCUCCAUCCCCACAAAACUCGUGGGAACAAAACUUAAAAGGACAAAACAAAACCCACCAAGACCUACAUGACAAACCAACACGGUAACCCGCGUUCCCGUCUCAUGGAUAUGAUUACAUCAUUGUCACCUUAGUGUUAAAGGAUUAACAGAAGGAAAUGCAGCAGUACAGAAAAGAAAAGACGUUCUCUAUUUAGACUGAACCCAUUAAAAUAAUGACAUUAGAAUUUUUCAUCACAGGUGUAAAACCAGGACAAUACUGCUUGCUCUUUAUUUAAAACUACUACCUGGCUGACCGUACUGGUCAUAAGCGUGAUUGUUGUUGCAGUGUGCUUCUUACAGUAAAUGACACCAAGUGAGCUAGGGAUCCCACCUGCAACUUCCAGCCCUUCCUCUUGUUUACUUCAAUAGGCAUCAAUGAUAAAUCAAUCUUAUGUACAAUUUCUUACAGCUAACCCUUUUACCUUUGGCAAGAUUACUUACAACUCAUACAACUUUUUAAUAGUGAGAACUAUUUAAAAUAUUCUAAAUGCAUAAAAAUAAAGAUUUUGGCUUUUUGAUAUA